UUAGAUAUACAUUUCAACAGCCAAAUACCUUAAACGGGAUCUCUCAAUCCCACGCUUAAAAUUGUUAUAAAAUCACUAAAAAUCAACAGGAUUAGACUUUGAACUCGGAACAUCCGUUUCAAGAGAAAUUUUGGAAAUCUCAAGUCACUUUUGAUGAACAUCUGAUGCUUUGUUAACGUAUUAAUUUAUAUCUCUUUUCUUAAAUGGAGCAGCAGCAGAGCGGAGCGGAACACGGAACAGCACCUGUGCCUGCACUCCCGGCGGGGCUUGACGCUGUCUAUUCGGCAUGUCGGCGGCUGUAUGUUGAUCAACCAAAUCCUUUGCAAGUGACCGCCGUCGUGAAAUACUGGUUAAAUGGACCAGACCCACUAGACUUUAUCAGUAUGUACAGUAACCCAGGAGAGCCUGGUCAUGGGAUCCCACCCCAUUGGCACUAUGUUAGCUUUGGCCUCUCGGAUCUUUUUGGUGAUGGCAGAGUUCAUGAAAUACCUACAGGUCCCAAUGGGCCAAGUGGUUUUGGCUUUGAAUUAACGUUCAGGUUGAAGAAAGAGCCAACUGAAACAGCGCCCCCUACAUGGCCGGCAGAGCUUAUGCAAGGUCUAGCCAGAUAUGUCUUCCAGUCUGGCAAUACUCUUUGUAAUGGAGACCAUGUUUCUUGGCAUAGUCCUUUAGAUAAUAGUGAGUCUCGUAUUCAGCAUAUGUUAAUGUCAGAUGAUCCUCAAUUACCUACUAUCACAACACCACAUGGAACUGUCAGCUUUGUUCAGAUUAUUGGAGUGUGUGCUGAGGAACUGCAAGCUUCACAGAGGUGGAAUGGUCUUGGCAUGCUGGAAUUACUCAAAUCUAUGGAAGUUGCUGGUGGAUCAUGGCUUGUGACUGAUAUGCGAAGGGGUGAGACCAUCUUUGAAGUCAAUCCGUUACUGAUGGAGGAAGUAGAGAGGGGGAUCGAUACGGAAGGCUCAAAUCUUAGUGGCGUCUGUGCAAGGUGUUCCUGGGACCCUGUCGGUGACUGGACGGAUGAAACGGAUCCACCAAGGAUAUCACAAAUAGAAACUGAACAGAUAAGACAGGCCUUGACCAGAGGCCUAUCCAACGACAGACCUGUCCUUCCACCUAUCUCUGGUAAGGAGGACACCAACCAAGGCUUGAACCGCCGACCUUCCACUGAGAGUGAGACAGACACCCGCAGCUCUAUCUUUGAGCUUGGUAACUCAAGGUACCUGGAUGGUGUGAGCAUUAAGCUGAACCUUGAAGCCGCUGCACUACUGUCAUUAGCAGUAAGAGGGCGUCUUACCCAUGGUCGUCACUUUACCUUUAAGAACGUAGCCAAUGACUGUGCAGUUACCUUGGUCUCACCGAGUGUUGAGGGAUCCUUUGUUGAAGAGACUCAUCCUUAUGUGGCUAAGGGACCAUGGCUGCAGCUCCUCAUCAGAUCAGAAUUUGCAGAAACUAUGGCCAGCGACUUAGAGUUCUUGCAAUCAAAAGAAAAGUUGGAUCUACCCAAGGUCAUCGACUGGAGGGACAAGAGAAUAACACUGACCAUUACUCCUGAUGAGACGUAGUGACCGGUGUGGAGUGACCAGUUGAUUGGUCAAAGCCUUCCGUAGUGUGCUUCAUGACCCCCCAAUGUCACAGGAGAAGAUAUAUUAUCAUGUAAGAAUACCUGUCUGUCAAUACAUAGCUUUAACAUAGAGAUUUCUAAUAGAGUAGCAGAAAUAUGAAGUUCUUACAUGAUUUUCUUUCUUGUGUUGUGUUCAUUUUAGAGUACAUUGGGUAAUACAAGUAUGAUAAUGUAAAUCAUUAUACUAAUUUUUCCUGUUCUAUACAAAUUUAUUGUUCCGUAUGUUUGAUAAUAUUUUUUGUAAAGAAAUAUUUUUUUUGGGUUUGAGCUCUCAUGUGUGAUGCAGUAGUAUUUCCCUUUUUUUUUUUUUAAUAGAAAGCUCUGUUUAUUUAAGGGUUCUGAUUGGUCAGAAUAUCUUAUUGAUCCCUCCCCCUCCAUACAGUCUACUGUUUCAUUGGAUUGGAUUGUUGAUGUGUUAUUCAUCGAUGAAGUAAGGGUCAUUCAUACACUCAUUACAAUCGGUUACAAGUUGAUUAGACUUACAAGGUAUUAGGGGAAAAAAAAUUGUUUUCAAUGAGAUUGUAUUGCAAGAAAUAUCUGUCUCAUUUUUGUAUGCAUGAUCAAGCAAUACAGGUUACUACAGUAAUAGUUUCAUACCUCUAUAAACCUCAUUCAUUCUGCUGGGAAAAUGUCUCAAAAUUUGUACCUAAAUCAUGCAUCACUUUUCAUUUGAGAAAAAAUAUAUGAUGGACUCUUCAUGAUCUGACUGCAUGUAUUACUGAAAUGAUAACUUUGUUUAAGUCUGUAUUUACUAGAAUUGAGAAUUUUUAAGCUGUAAUUACCAACAAGUAACAAAAGCUUGUAGAAGUCCCCCCCCCCCCCCCCCAUGCUCUAUUCUGUUGUUGAACUAUGCCAAGUGAAUCCAGGGUUUGUUUUUGGUAAAGCAGUUUCAAAGAUCAAGAUUCCCACCAGUCAAAAUAUUGAUGUGAUAUCCAACUCCAUUUUCAAUAUGAAGAUUGUACUGUGAGACCUGUAGCUAUUUGAUCAGCUCUAAGAGAAAGUCAUGUGUAAGCCAAUUAGGAAGAUGAAAUGGAUAUGUCAAAAUAUGUCAUCCUUCUAUACCCUCGGUAUAAAUAGUAAUAAUAAUGAUAAUAAUAGGCAUUUAUGAAGUGCCAUCUGUGUAGAAAUAAUAUAUUUCUUGGUGUUCUAUUAUUGUAACACCAUCUUUAGCACGAGCUGCCUUCCAGUGCUCCGUGCAUUCAAAGAAUUAAUCCUGCCAGGUACCUAUUUGCCUCACGCCCUCACCUGGGUUGAGUGCAGCAUAAUGUGGUAUGGUGAAUGCUCAUUAAUCAACUGUCAGAGAGAGAUGGGUAACAUGACAGUGAAUGGCUUCAAGAGUUUGACUUUGAAUGGAGCAACCUUCGAACUACAUUUGUGUUUGCAUGCUGAUCAAGGAAGAGGGAAGGGAGACCUCCCCCUUCCUGGUCCCAUGGGGGGGGGGGCUUCCAAAAUGUUUAAAAAGUUAAUUCUGUGGGUUAUAUUCAAAGUGUAUUGUGUUGUAUUGUUGUAAAUCUGUUUCAAUGAUUGACCCCCUCAUUAAAAUAAAAAACAGCCCCAAACUAUCCACUUUAUACUUUGUGAUUAAUACAUAUAUGCUCUAAUCAUUGUAUAGAAUUGAUAUUAACUACAUUAGAAAAUGAAUAUAAUUUCUGCGACGAUAAUGAUAAUGUACUAAGUUUUUAGUAUUAUAUCCAUUGCAUCAUUCACUUAUGAAAUAUAUUUUAUCUGCAAUUUGGAUACACAUGGCACAUGUAUUCUAGGUUAUUUCCUUUCACCCUUUUAAUGAACUACAUCAAUUUGAAAUAAAGUGCUUCCAUUUUCUGUCACCUUGACCUUGUAUUUUGCCAGUUUUAAUCUUUUCUGCUAUGGAUUUAUUUUGAUAAUACUGUUGGGACAAUCUAAGAUAGAGAUUGUUAGUGUUGUAUUGAAAUAUGUAUGUUUUAUUUUAUUGACUGUAAUGGUCAACACAUGGAAUCUAUAAAUCAUGCUUUUCCUAUAUGCACCUUUAAUUGUUUGAUGUACUUUUAAAUAUAAUUUAUUCUUAUUUUGACUUAAGUAGAUGUUUAUUCACUGUUUUUUUAGCAAGGUCCUGCUACUUUUGUGUUUUCUUACUCAAUAUAUAUUGAAAUUCUGAUUUAUUUGUGAUUUUAGUUAAGGUAUCGUUCAAAUUUGUUACUCGCAUUGUGCAGCUAAUUUUAGAUGAAAUCUGUUGAAUGUAUAGUAUAGUAAAGUAAUGGUUUAUUGAAAAUUCAUUCACAGCCAAAGGCUGAAUUGCAGAAUAUUUUACAAAACAAGAAUAUACAAUCAAUUGCAUAAUGACACAGUGCUUAAGAAAUUAAAAUAUUUAAAAAGAAACUUGCCUAAAUAGAUGGAUACAGGAUUUUAUUAUCCAUGCAUAAAAAAUGACUUCUCAGUUGAAUAUUUAUGAAGUCACUGGUAGAUGUAAGAUGUAUGUAUGUUAUCGGUGAUUCGGUUAACCCACAUCUUCAAUUUUUUUGCAUAGAUUGGUGAAUGGGGGGGGGGGGAGCAAAGGGGACACGUGUACAGGUGCCAUCUUCCCGGGGCUUGAAAAUCUUAAAGAAAUAGUCAUUGAAAAACAAAGAGACCAAGACAAGAGUUUGAAUGGGUGCAACGUUACCGCUAACUAGCCAGGGUGCUAGAUGUUAGAAGGUGUGUGACUUUUGCUCAAGAUUAAUUCUGAAGUUGGAAGGGCACAACUUUUGUGCUUGCCUGGUGGAGCAUUUAUCAACAUUUGCGAUCUGACAUGAUUUUAAUUUUCUGAGAGGCACAUGUGUAAAACAAAUUUGUCAGAAUAAAAAACGUCUGAAAAGUCCUUUCAUGAAUCCUCCCCUAGCUGCUAUUUGAGUAAAUAGGCACCACUGUAUGCAUACAUCUCAAUGAAAGCAUUGUUUGAAUGUCCCAUAGAUAUCAAUGUCCAUUAUAUCAGCUGAAUAUCAGGAUGAAAGAAAUGCAGCUAUGAAAUACAAGUAGUAAUUGAUAAGCUUUACUUAUUUGGAGAUUUUUUGAAGAAAAUAAAUGAUUUUUUUAAAAAUGCUGCAAGCAAGGACUGUUUUUUUAAAUAAUAUCUUGUUUUAAUAGUUGAAAACCCAAAGAAAACCUAUGCAGUUGUUUGGCUUGAUGUGUAUGUUUCCGUCGAGGUAAAGUUCUGUUCUGUUGUUUGUGGGGUUCAUCUGAUAUAGAAUAAAAUCAAGUAAUACUUAAUGCAAACAGUAAAGAAUGCCAACCAUAAGAUAACAUUCACUUCUGGUAAUACUGAUAAAAUUGUUUGAAUUGUUGAAUGUUGAUUUAAGUGAAUGAAAAUAUUAUUGUAUACCACAAGAGAAAGUUGUAAUUUAAAUAUUAAAGGAUGCUACCAACUCUGUUAUCAUGUCUUCAAGAGCUGAAUGAAUAAUACACAUAAUUGUACAUUAAAAAUUAUAUAUAAUUGAAUAUUGGUUUAUUCUCAUAAUGUAGAGGUGUCCAUUCUUAUGAUUUGUAAUUUCAAUUGAAUUGAAUUAUAGGUUUAUUUAUAAGAUGAAAUGUUGUGUGAUCGGUUACAGGAAACAAUUUUUUUUAAAUGAGAUAUUUGUAUGAAGAGAGAGUGUGAUGAUAUUGUAAUAUUAGUUUGAUGUACCGGUAAUGCAUGCCCAUAUCUUACAAUGUAUGUAUGAAAUGAUUUGAGUAGGGAUUUUUUUUUUAUAUACAUGUAGAUGCUAGUGUAAUGAUACAAAUGUACUGGUACUGUUAACAGAUUUAUUUUGUUUGGGGGUACUCACGUGUACAUGUACUUCAUGUAGGCAGUAAUUUAUUGUAAUAUAUUGUGCACAUACAUGUAAUUAGAAGUGAUAUGUGUCUUACAUGUAAAUAAUAAUGUAUUUUUCUCUUAUACUAGCCCAAUAUUGAGACCUUUCUUCAUGCCUUUGAUAUUUCCAUAUAUUUUUGUUAGAAUGACCUCAUCAUACCUAAGAUGACUGACUUGGGCUUUUUAUUAUUAUUAUUUUAUUGAACCUGGAUUUGUGUUCAUCACUGAAAAAGUUGAUCUUUAAUGACCAGUGAAUAGUAAUCUUUGAAUGUUUCAAUUGUGGAAAUGAGAGAGGGCAACUUAUUAGAAUUCUUCUUGUGAGGGUCAUUUCUUGCAUUACAAAAUCAGAAUAAUGAUCACCAACUAUCUUCCCUCCUUCAUUUUAUUAGAGUUUUCCCCAUCUCCGAGAGAAUUUGUAUGAGUUACAUUUUUUUUUUGGUUAAGCCAUGUUUCAUAUCAAAGGGAAAAAAUAGCAUUUACCUGCUAAGAAUAAUUAGGCAGAACAUGAAUCAUGUACAUUAUUAUUUCUUUGGUUUUGCAAACAUUGUUUGCUCAACCCAACAACUUGUGACUUCAUGAAAUUCAUUAUAUUACCAUUGAAAUACAACUAUUUUUCACAGAUAAAGGUGGUUCACUUAACAAAGUCGCAUACCCGCUUUAUAGAUAUUUUUUAAUUUGUCAGUUGUUCACUACUUGUAUGUAUUGCCCUUUUAUUUUAAUUAUAAUAUUUAUUUCCAUUAUCGUCAUGUUACUGAAUUCUUGAUCACAUGAUUUUCGAAGAAUAAUGUAUAAGCAUCCCCUGUUUAUUUUGUAUUUCAAAUAACUGUGUCAGGUUCAAUUCUAAUAUAUGCCCAAAUUCACAAAAGAAUAUUAAUCACCUUUAUAUAUUUUUUUAGCAUCUGCGCACCCUGAAUAUGAUCCAAUUAUACAACUUAUUUGUGUUUAUUUUAGUACUUCCAUUUUAGAGGGGUAUGCUUGGAAGAUGAAAAAAAUAUGUGAAGGGUGUAUGGUGCCCAUUCUGAGUUUGAACGUCUUUUGUGAAUUUGGGCUAUUGUGUUUAUGUAUAUGUAUGAUGUGAAAUGUUGGGGAACAGAAUUUCUCCCUCUUUUCUAUCGUUGGCUUAAGUUGGUAAUGUCAUGUAUCAAACAGUCAUUGUAUAUUGUAGUUUUUAUACUUGCUACCAUAAUGGUGCUAUUAUAUUUGUAUGAACAAUUCUAUAGAAUAAAUGAAGUUGUCAUUCUGUCGUGGAACUCAUAAUUGGUAGUAAUAUAUUCAAAGACACUAUUUUGUUCAUAGUCAUGUUUUCUAUUUAAAUAUUCAGUAAGAGAAGUGAACUGUACCCAGAAGAAAUGAAUAAAUUACUUAGUACUGCUGAAACU